AUCUAAAUAUUGGGAAGCCCUUUUCUGCAGGUAAUCGAUGAUAGCCGCUGCAGUGAACCUGUCAGUCAGCUGGGGUAGGUGGGGUUACAUUACAGGAAGCCAAGAUGGCUGACUUUGAGGAGCUGCUGUCAGAUGAAGAGAAGGUCCGCAUAGCGGCCAACUUUGUGACUCAUGCUCCACCUGGAGAGUUCAAUGAGGUCUUCAAUGAUGUUCGGCUUCUUCUCAAUAAUGACAACCUCCUCAGAGAGGGGGCGUCACAGUCAUUUGCCCAGUACAACAUGGAUCAGUUUACUCCUGCCAAAAUCGAGGGAUAUGAAGAACCGGUCCUGAUCACAGAGCAUGGUGACUUGGGUCAGGGACGUUUCUUGGAUCCCCGUAACCGUUUAUCGUUUCGCUUCGAUCACUUGAGGAAAGAGGUCAGCGACGUUCAGCCAUACGACGGAGAGGGGGCUCUGAGAAGCUGGAGAGAUGCUUGCGAUACUGCUCUUAGUGCCUACGUCAAAGAGCACUACCUUACAGGAGUCUGCACGGUGUAUGAGAAAACAGUUGAUGGUCAGCAGACAAUUAUAGCCUGCAUCGAGGGACAUCAGUUUCAACCCAAAAACUUCUGGAAUGGUCGCUGCAGGUCAGAGUGGAAGCUGACUCUGGGUCAGUCCACAGCUCAUGUGGUUGGAGUUUUGAAAAUCCAGGUGCAUUAUUAUGAAGAUGGGAACGUCCAGCUGGUCAGCCAUAAGGAGGUUGAAAACUCAGUACCUGUGACUAGUGAAAGCCAAACUGCGAAGGAAUUUAUUGACAUAAUUAGGACAGCAGAAAACGAAUACCAGACUGCAAUCAUUGAAAACUACCAGACCAUGUCUGACACGACAUUCAAGGCCCUGCGUCGCCAGCUGCCUGUCACACGCACCAAGAUCGACUGGAAUAAGAUCUUAAGCUACAAAAUUGGCAAGGAAAUGCAGAAUGUCUAGAAGAGGGUCAGGUAAUGACCCUCUGGAUGAUGCACACUCCUGUGGGCCCACAACCCAUCUAUAUAUGCGCAAGGACUAACCAAAGCAUAACUAUAUUAAUGCGGGGGAAGUAAGUAAAAUAAAAAUGUAACUCAAUGUUUGCAGACAGUUGGGCACAAAUAUGUCUGGAGGAAGGUGUAGGUAUUACAAAAAUAACAAUAAAGAUCAUGGUUUGGAGAACGGUGUUACUUUUUUGUUUUAUCUGCGUUCGGACUGUGCAGGGCUGUGCUCAGGACCGCUUCGUAAAAAAAAAAACCUGUUCUCUGUUUAAGGAAGCGCAGAACUCCAUAGCUUCAGGUUCCAAAAUUCUGAUAUUCGUCUUUGUGAAACUAAUCCUGAGCUGCGUUCAGAGUUACUGCUCUCUGCACACACGGCACAAAGCAGCUGCUGACGAAAUUCAAGCACACAAUCUCAUAUCAGGGUUUGACUUUCCUAGAACAUAAAUUUUCUGAAAGGUUGUUUUCCUUGUCAUUUGUUUACCUUGCAUGAUUGGACUGAAAAUCAACUUCACUAGUGGAAUUGUUAUAUGGUCAGAGAAGGAAAUUGUUAGGUCGCUUUUCAACAGAAACGUUGGAACAGAAAGACGGUUAUAGUAUUGCUUCUCUGUAAUACAUAAUCCAAAUGAAAUUCAUAGCAUUUAAAUGCAGCACAAAGCCUGUCACAGCCCUGUUGUACAAGUGCGCCGACAGCUGUAUGUUUUUCUGUCAGGUUUGAGGGAAUGUUCUCUUGUUUUCUCUGUUGGGCUCCACUAAUGCAUUAUCUCUCCGUUCAUGCAAGUUGUGACGACAGAAAUGAGAUAAAGCCACCUCUGCUCUGCUGCAUCCACUAUACAUCCUCUGUUCUCUCUUUUUGCUAUCAACUUUGCUGUAAAUCGUUUUCCUUUUUUUAACGAAGGAAAGCGUCGUCAUAUUAACCAAAAUUUAUUUGCCAAAAUCUCUUUCCUAUGGUAAAGAACUCCAUCUUCCUGCUCGUGUGUGUAAAAUUUCUAUUUUAAUAUGCUGUCUUUUUGUUGGAGUCUUAGUACAUUGCACUCAUUGUUCUGACUGUGUAUAAGUCGAUGCCAAGUGAAUGCAAAGCAGUCGCUAUAUGGCAAGAUGAUAUACUCUAAAUGUAGCAUGACUCCUAUCAGGCAACAUCAUUCUCUGUUCUACAUGUCUUAUGAGUUGGCUGACACCCGAUCAGUUACUUGUUACCUAUGCUAUGUGCUGUGUUCAAACAUCAAUAUACAGUAUAAUACAACUGUGUGCCGAUCAGUUACAAAGUUAAAGACUGUACUGCCCCAUCCUGUUCAAAUAAACUGACUUACAAUCCA